CUAGUUACAGUUACUACACCUGUGAUCCUGCAUCAUAGUACAGACCCGCAUCCCGCAUGGUUCGCGGGUUCCACCUGAUACAUCAUUCACAUGGCUAUCGUUUGACUUCCGGUCGCCGGCCUCGCAGCUCUGUUUCUUCGUUUAAACAACUACCAUUUGACCGCUAGACGCCAUCCAAAGGAUCAAACCAUCAUUCAAUUAGGGGCUCAAAUCACAGGCUCAAUCUUGAAUGUUAUUCUCGUAUUGGAAGCCUCUUGCCGAUCUCUAAAUAUCGUUUCGUGACUUUAAGAAACGUCCAACCUCCGCCAGCUCCGACGCGUUCACCUUGUAGCUUUUACCACUACCUACUUAGUAGCUAUCUACCCGCACCUACCUACCUAGCAGUACAUAUUCAAGGUUUAGCUUUCGUACGGUACCACGUUCCACCAUGAAGCUCUCAGGCAGUCUGCCGUUCGUCUUCUCCUUGGCUGCCACGCGCUCUUGCGUAGCGGAAUCCGCCCCGGAGCCACAGUACAUCUUCCAGAACCCUCCUGUUUCCGCAUCAGAGUAUCGUAUUCCGACCUCGUAUGAAUCCGCCGUACUUGGUCGGCGAAUUUUGGCUCUUACUCCGCUCGGAACCUUAGCCACCGUCUUCCCGGACACGUCUCGCAAUCGUCAACCUAAUGGCCUCGGUGGCAUGCCCCUUGGGCUACUAGAAUAUGUGGCCGACUGCGAGGAAGAAGGCAACCCUACCUUCCUAGCUAUCAACAUCGAAACCACUUUCAGAAAUGUCCAGGGUGGUUCCAACAUCAGUCUAGCUCAGCAAUGGACACCACCGUAUCCACCUGACAAGCGUAUCAAGUCCAACUCUUGGUCCGAUUGGCUAUUUGGACGGACUGAGGACGCUAAAGAAACUGUCCCUUACAGUGCUGUCAACCUCCCGCGGUUCAGCCUACUAGGCUAUAUCGAAAAGAUUGACCCGGCUGCCACCAAGGCCAUGUCGCAGUGCUUCGUGGAUACACACCCCGAUGCAAAGUACUGGCUUCCCGGCAACAAGAUUCACGAAUCCCAAUUCGUAAGGCUGGUCGUUACACAGGUCUAUUGGAUCGGUGGUUUUGGCGACAGAGCAUACAUUGGCUGGAUCCCCGUCGACGAGUGGAAGAAUGUUACUAGAAAGGAGUGGGAAGUUGUGAGAUUGCCUGGUGAGAAGAAGGGCUGGGACGAGUGGAGCAUGCUGGAUCUCUGAAACUUUGGUCUCGAAUACAGCAAGCCGAGAUGAAGAUGGAUAUCCCGCUUCACCGAGAUCACGAUUUUGUCCGGAUUUUUUCCCUUCCUCUUCCUUAAAAGAUUUAUGUGAUGGGUUGGGCUCUACUUGACGACAUCUUUUUGUCACAAUAUGCCCGCACAUGUUAGAAUAAGAACUGAUGAUAGCAGCAUUGUACCAAGCAAGCAAUUUGACAUACAACUAGCGCUGAUGUUGUAGAAGCAUGAUCGAAUAUACCGAGUUUUCUUUUGACUACUUUUCAUGUAGUUUAGGUAGCUUGCUAGAAAUCCUGAAGUUAAUAGCGAGCUUUAUGUUUCUCAGGAGGUUCAUCAAUGUUCCUCGCUGACGUAACUACACAUGAGGUCACACUACUCCCGUAAGCAGCCUAUGUCGACAUCUGCGGGGCUACAUCUA